AGUUUGGCAGGUGUGAUGAAUCCUGUGUAGUGAUGUAUGGUGUAUUUCUUUAUUUACUUUUUUAAUGGAAGAAAUCUUGUAAUAUCUGUCUGUAAACAUAUAAACAAUAUAUGUAGUUAUCACACUUUCUUAGUUUGUUAUUUCAGUUAUUUUUUAAAUAUUUCUAUCCUGGUCAGUUAUGCAAUAGUUCCAGCAGAUUAAAAGAAUACUAUGGAAACUAAACAACAGCUCCUUGCCAGUGCUGAGAUUAUACAUUGCAAAGGGUCAUAACAUGUAAAAAUGUAAAACUUUUCCAUAUAGUCAUAUCUUAAUACAUUCACAUGAUACAGAGGGCUUCAUAGGUGUAAUGAGAAGAUAACAGCUUCUGGGAAUAAAUUUCAUUAUUUUCUGUUCAUUGAUUUUGCUAGAACUAUGCCGUUGUGUAGUGUCAUUUCCUUGUUGGAUGUAGGUUAUAUGUACAAGUGGUUGAGAGCAUUAACUAUAUCUUUACUACUUAUCAAAGCGUUUGUGAAUAAGCUUCCACUUUCCAGUUUAAAAGACUUUCAGGAGCUCUAAUCACUAGAUGAGCCAGAAUACAUUUAUGAUUUCACAGUUGCUUUUUAGUUUCCUAAUUACUUGGCAAAGUCAUAAUUAUACAAGGGAGUCACAAUUUCAUAAUUACCUCAAUAUCAGAUUUACAUUGUAUUGUCAUAAUUACUUCAUAAUUACCUUAGAAUGGAAUGGAAUUUCCUCGCAGUAUUAUAAUUUUCUUUUGGUGUUGUAUGUGAUUAUUUACAUUUUGUAUGUUGCUUCCACAGAAUGCAGCAUCGAAUGCCAGUGCUGGAGCCAAGAACUCGACAACAAAGUCCUCGGCCUUAUUUUGCUUGUUAGCGGAUCUGGAUGGUGGACAGACAGGCAAUUCAUCUGUCAAUGCCAAUGAUCCUUUUGCCUCGCCUACGAGUGCGCAGGCACCAGCGUCCAUAUCGCAGCCUUCUUUUGCCAAUUUUGAGAAUGCGAAUAUCUUCACAAACACUGCCGAAGAUCAGUCCCAAAACAAUCAGGAUGUGCAGUCCUGUAGUCCACCUCAAGGUGAAUCUUCCUGCCCUCCUUCUCCCAGUCCUUCUUCUCUUGCUCCUCCUUCCCAGCCUUCAACCUGCACCCCCUCCCCUCGGCUCAGCCCUGCACGCUUCAGUGGUUGGGAGGCCUUUGAUGGGGAGGAGGCGAGCGCUGCUACCCCACUCAUCCCUAUGGCAGAGAGCUUCCCCUACCCUCCCUCGGCCUGUCAUGAUGCCUCUGGCCGAGCUACUAACAAGGGGAAGCACGGCUCCGGUAUUAUAUUUGCUGCGGGUGUGAGUGCCCAGUUUGUGUGUCCAACUAACCCAAACUUUGCUGCAUGUUGGAGGGAUGAGUGCUCUGCCUCGUCCCUAUCUGCCUCCCUUCCUUUAUCAUCGGCAUUCACAUCCUCCUCCUUCUCUUCUUCAUCCACUCUCACUCACUCUUCUUCCACUUCUAAUUUGCCACAACACAGUAGUAAGAAUAAAGACCCUGAAGUGUCAUCAGUGAUGGCAGCCACUCCAUUGCUCUCUACCUUGGAGGAGAGAACCACAAAGAGCAUUCAGGCCUUAGACGUUGAAACAACAGUGAGAAAUCCCACUCCUGCCAAGAAGCCCUCUCAGGCUCGGAGGGGAAGUGAGCAGGCCUUCACUUAUGCAGCCUUGAAUGUAGAUGCUGUGUGUUCAGGUGCUUCUCCUCCUGUCACUAAUGUUUUGGAGCGUGCUGAAGGUAUGAAGGGAAGUGCUGGUAGUUCUUUCCAUUUGAAUAACAGGUCUAAUGAGAUUGGUUCCAAGUGCUUUGCUGCUUUUUUGUCAUCAACAUCAAAAUUGAGUGGAACUUCGUAUCAGAACCUUGCAUCAGAUAAUGCUCAUACAAGUUCACCAUCUGAUCUGGAUGAGAUUUCCUCUGGUAUAAAGAAGUUAACUACAGCCAGGAAAGAAUCUUUUGAUGAACUCAUGUUUGAAAUGCCUGUGAUUACAGCAGAGAAGGAAUCACAUACCAUAAUGGGUGAUGAGGAGGAAACCAAUCCCUUCAUGCCAAAUGUGGGUAGUCCCUCUGCCUCGACUGGAGAUAUCUCAGUUUUUGACAAUGCUCCCCUGUUCAGCAAAAAGAAAUCUGAGGCUACAAAGCCCAUUCCCAUUGCUAGCAGUGUCAAAUUUGCUGGGAGGAUGAGUAGCAGUUGCCUGAGCACGUUUCCACUUCAUGCAUCACCAACCACUAACCCGUUUGUGUCUGUUUCACAGUUGGCUACUAAUCCCCAGCAGGUAGUGCGACCCAUGGGCAACCAGGGCUAUGCUGGGAGUUACGACAGUAGUAAGAAUAAUGAUGUGUUUUUGCAUGAGUGUCGCGGCGGUCAGCUUUUCCGUGACCUUUGCACUGACAGCAGCAUGACCCCGCCUAAUUACCUUUUUGCAGGCUCGACAACUAGCAACAAAUCAACCCCCUCCGGUCCUCCUCCCUUCUCGAAUAACCCCCUGACCCCUAUGACCCCUGGUUCCUCCUCCGCCCUGCCCACAUCCUCUUCCUCUGCCAGCAGUGCAACAACAGCUCUCUCCAACAACCCUACUCAAGAUCGCUACGCCGCACUGAAGGACCUAGACGAAGAGUUCAAGACACAGAAGGAGUCAGAAACUACUACUGGUGAGUGGUAG